AGAUAUGCGAGUUAUCGGACUUUUGUCACUUUUCUUUUCUUUGGUGGCAUGUGAUUUUAUCCCUGAAGAAGCUGCACAAGUUGAGGUGAUCGACAGCAGUAUCCAUGGACAAUACCAGGGUAUCUACAUCAAAGUAAACGGAAUCCACAGAGAUAACGGAGAAGAAGUGUACAUGCAGGUAAACCUAAAUGUUGACAUCCAAGAAGGCAACGUGAUGGUUAACGGCCAGCGUCUACCAUUCGCCGAGCUCACCACUAUGGAGGUCACCGCUGAGAUCAGCGAGAUAAAAGACGGACUUACCGGAAACUUUGAAGGAGCAGCUGUUACCGUUAACUUCUUCCUCCACGAACAGUUCGAGUCAGAGCUUGAUCAGGUUGCCCGCGCUUUCAGACUCGAGACUCAGAUUAUCGAGACUGACAAGUACGACGUUCACAUGUUCAACGUAACAGAAGUAGUUAUCGAACUAGACUCCAGCUCCCAAGAGAUCAGACGAACAGUUACCCUCAUUUCCGAGUCAGAGAGCAAGAUCCAAGCUGCUCGAGAGUGCCCCAUGUUCAAGUGUGCUCCUCUUCUGGGAUGUGCUGCCCGCAAGAAGGACAGUGCCGGAUGUCAGACUUGCGAGUGUGCCGCUAUGAUGCAGUCUCCAAUUCCCCGAGAACCAGUCCGAGGUGAUGAUAACCCCGAGUGUCUGCACUCUUGUGCGGGAGUGUGUGGUGACGACCCCUUCACUCAUGUAGCCGACCCUGUGCAGGACCCACAUGGCUGCUGGAUCUGCCCAUGCCUUGUUGUGGAUACAUUCGAGCCCUCCACCUACGAGCCCCACACCGCCAUCAGCUGUGGGUUCGGAGACUACGCUGAUAAGGUUGUCCACAAGUUCCAGGAACUUCCUUUCCCCCUGAGAAUUGCCACCAUCACCCUCCUGACCCUUAUCGCUGCUAUCCUCACCGCCACAUGUUGUCUCACUGUUUGCUGCAGGAAAUCAAAGAAGAUGAACAAGACAAACAACUUGAAGGCUUUCGGAAUCGGAAAACUGCAGAUCUACGUACCAGAUAACGAGAAGAAACAACCCCUGAUCGACAAUCUGGACGUCGUAUCGGCUGAUAUCGCAUAAACAAUGUACAAAAUACAUUGCUUGUACAAUUUAAAUUGUACUUUGGGUGUUUAGUGUGUAAUUUGUACAUUUCGCACUUUUGGGUUCGCUUCAAAAAGCUUACUCUCCUGCCAUUCCCGUGCUGUGUGCCCUCACGAGAAAUUAGACUAUGAAUGUUAAACAGUUUCCACUGUUACUUUUUCAAAAUAUAGGAAAUAUGAACUUCAUUCACAAGUGUUUAUUCCCGCUUCGUGUUAAUAUGAUAGUAUUGUUUCUCUAUUUUUAAAACUGACGUAGAUGCCCCGCUUUUUUGGGUUCAAUAGAAUUUUAAGCGUUUCUGCAAAGAAAUGAAUUGUUGCAUGCAAUCAGAGAUGAAAACACGACGACAAUUUAUUGCUAUAUUUUUGUACAUUUCUUAUAUUUCUCUGGACGUAGUGUCUGCUUAUUAUCCACCAGCUGAUGAAAAAUUCUUUAAAAGUUAAUAGUUUUUGAGUAAAAUUAUGUUAUUAUUUAUCAGUUUUCUGUUGAUCUCUUUCAUUAAAAUAGAUAA